GCUCGCUUUGCAAUUUGACGCUCAUAGACGCGAUAAACCGCAUCGCUGUGCACACUAGUGACUGUCAGGACUCGCAGUCGGCAAGGCCUCGUCGCCGCAAUCAAAUUUCUUGCAGCGCUAUCGUCCGAGGCGUGACGCCUCAGCCGCAACCAUGAUCCUGCGACACGCCAUAACGCUUGUAGCCUGCGCCCGCGUGGCGCAGGCCUUCCACAGCUCUACCCUUGCAACAAUGCCGCGGCAAACCCCCCUGCUGCGCGCGAGCACCGCCGACGCCGCGACGGGCCUUGCGGACACGCAACUCGUCCUCAAGUUCGCGUGCUUCGGGUUUAAGGACCGGGACUGCUUGCUCACGCUUGGUAGUGGCGGCACGGCGACGUUCAGCGCGGGCAUGGUCAGCGACGGGCCCGGCGAGUGGCGCGUCGUGGCGGGCGACCCCGAGGACGGGGAGAACCCGAGAGACGCGUACCUCGAGUUCAGCCAGCCCGUGACGGAGGUCUACAGCGAGCUGUACAACGUGCCGAGCGGCGUCGUCUUCUGGCGGGGCCGCGUCGCGAACGAGGGCGGGCGGCUCGCGAUCGUCGACGGUGUGGCCAUCUCAGAGUCUUCAGAUACCUCUCGGAAACUCGUGGCGAAGCUGACGGGCGGCGCGGGCUUCCAGAAGGAGGGCGACUUCACGGCGCGCGCGGUGGCGCCGGGCGACGACCCGGCGACGCUGCCCCAGCCGGUCUCGAUCGAGUUGUACGACGACGGCGGCACGCCGCAGUCGUCGGGCGUCGACCCCGAGUUCGGGGAGCUCGGCAAGCGCAAGCGCAAGCGCAAGGCGGGCACGGCGCCGGAGAAGGGGUUCGGGGCCUAAUAGUAGCGCUCUG